GUGAGGAGGACCCUUCAGGUUGUUGAGGUUGCAGGAGGCUCUACAACACAGCUAACAUAACAUAACAGGUUUUUCAAUAUACAUAUUGUUUUUACUCGCAUUCCGAACCAUGAAUCCUGAUAUUACGAGAGAGCGCAAAAAUGCCACCUUUGACGUCGAGAAACUGACGUACAUUUUGGACGGGGGGCCUGAAAAGACCAAAAGACGGCGAGAGAUUGAGUCACUGGUUUUCAGCGACCCGGACUUUAACGAGGAGGACCCUAACUUCCUGUCUCGAAGUGACCGCUAUGACCAGGCUGUUAGAAAAAGCGCCCAGAUGAUCCUGAAGCUCAGAGAGUAUGGCAUUGCAGACCCAGAGGAGAUCUACUGCUACAAAAAAUGUGUUCACCCAGACAGGGCCGAGCCCUUGGAUCUCCACCUGGGGAUGUUCCUGCCCACACUGCUCAACCAGGCCACCCCAGAGCAAAUGGACCGUUUCUUCAUGCCUGCCUGGAACCUAGAGAUCAUCGGCACCUACGCACAGACAGAGAUGGGCCACGGCACACACCUCCGCGGGCUGGAGACCACGGCCACGUACGACCCAGCCACACAGGAGUUUGUGUUGAACAGUCCCACAAUCAGCUCCAUCAAAUGGUGGCCAGGAGGACUUGGUAAGACUUCAAACCAUGCUAUAGUUCUAGCCCAGCUUCAUACCCUGGGAAACUGCCACGGUAUUCAUGCUUUCAUCGUACCCAUCCGCGACAUGAGCACACACAUACCGCUGCCAGGUAUUGUGGUCGGAGAUAUCGGUCCCAAGUUUGGCUUCAGUGAAGUUGACAACGGAUUUCUAAAACUAGAGAACGUGCGACUCCCGCGAGACAACAUGCUUAUGAAAUACGCCAAGGUGGAGCCAGAUGGGACAUAUUUGAAGCCCCCGAGUGCCAAGCUGACCUACGGCACCAUGGUGUUCAUCCGCUCCUUAAUCGUAGGCGAGUCUGCUCGGGCUCUCUCCAAAGCCUCCAUCAUCGCCAUCCGCUACAGCUCCGUCCGACACCAGUCUGAGAUCCGGGCCGGAGAGCCAGAGCCUCAGAUCCUGGAUUACCAGACGCAGCAGUACAAGCUGUUUCCUCUGCUUGCCACGGCCUAUGCCUUCACUUUUGUCGGACAGUACAUGAGAGAGACCUACCAACGCAUCAGUGGAGACAUCAGCGAUGGGGACUUCAGUCAACUGCCUGAGCUCCAUGCCCUGUCUGCCGGCCUGAAGGCCUUUACCACGUGGACCACCAACGCUGGCAUCGAGGUUUGCCGCAUGUCAUGUGGCGGCCACGGCUACUCCCGCAGCAGCGCCUUGCCAGACAUUUACGUCGAGUUCACCCCUGCAUGCACCUACGAGGGAGAGAACACAGUCAUGAUGCUGCAGACCGCAAGGUAACUCAAAAAUACAAAUAUGACGUC